AUGUUGAGGUACGAUUCGUUGAAAACUACCUUCGAAGCGAGGUUGGCCAGCUUGGCCAGUACCAUCCGCUUGGCAGUCGAGAGUACCCAGCAAGAUCAAGUGCUCGUGCAGCUCAACGCCAGCGAAAACACGAGAGAGUUCGCACCAGCUCAUGCGCAGGCUCUGAUAAAGCAGUAUCUAGCAUCGGAGAGGGACACCUUUUCACACGACUUAGCAAUUCGUCUUGCCGAGGUCGAGGCUGAGCUUCUUCGAUGCAGUCGGCACAACGAGGAGCUAAGGAGUGUGGUGGCAGUGUUGAAAGGCGAAGCUGCGAGAGGAGAAAGAUCCAGGUCUGAAGCCAUCGCUGUCGACGCCGACAUUCAGGAGCUCCGUCGGGAAUAUCAGAUUGCUCUUGAAGACUCCAGCGUGGAAUGCCGGCAGCUUCAGGCCGAACUCUCUCACUCCAAACGGCGAUCGAGCGUGCUUAAGGGAGAGCGCGACGAGCAAGCAGCGCAAUCGCGGUCGCUGCAGCAGGCAUUAGCGGACGCGGGGGCGAAGGAGCUGGAAGUCACCAGGCUCAACGAGGAGCUCAGGGAAGAGAAGUCAAGAGGUGUCAAACUAUCGUCCGAGCUUGCGCAAGCUCAGCAGAGACUCGAUGCUCUCGCUUCAAGCCACCAAGAGCUCAAGUUCCAGACCCAGUGCCUCGAGAAAGAUUUGACCCAGAGAGAUAGGCGGCUGCAGCUGGCGGACGCGAACAAGAGGAAGAGCGAGGCACGGUUCCGCGAAGCCGUUACCCGGAUGGAGUCACUGAUGGAAGGAGAGGCCAAAGAUUGCGCCGCCGCGAUCAAGAACCUGCGCGAUAAGGCCUUGUUAGCGAAAGAAAGGCUGUCCACAGAAGUCGAACGACUGCGCGGUGACAACGGGCACCUUAGGAAAGGUAUAGCAGUCGCCGAGGCGAGGGGCUCGGAGCUCGAACUCCGCCUCCAAGCGGCGCUGAAAAGCAAGGAGACAGACGCGACCGCGGCCGCCGCCCGCGAAGAAGCGCUGCGAGCGACGGCGGAGCAAGCACGGACUAGGGCCGACACAAUGAGCCAGAGCCUGGCCGAGGCCAUUCGUGAGCAGUCUGGGUUACUGACGGAGACGGCGAACGCGAAGGUCGCUGCCGAAGUGCUCGAGGCCAAGAGCAGAGCGGCCGAAGUGGAGAAUAUGCUGGCGGAAAAGUUGCAGGAAGCCAGCACCCACAUAUCCGAGCUGAGGACAGUUCUUCGACAGGAGGUGAGAAGACGCGAGGCCGCGGAGGCAGAAGUGUCCGAAGCACAGGGGUAUCUCAAAAGUUCCCGCCAGGAGCUGGGAGAGUUGAGACAUCUAGCUUGGAAGCUGGAGCAGAUGGGACGAAACAGCUUCGCGCACAUGGACGGGAACAGCCAAGCGGUAAGUCAUCUGGAGGGAGAGCUUCACGCCAGGGGGGUGGCGGGGACAGUGGGAGGAGAAGAAGCGCGAAGGGGCGCCAACCGCGAGGAGGAGCGUAAACACGGCCGUUCUUUGCCGUCUGGUGGGUGGGCCAGAGGUCGAUCGGAAGGCGGCGGGAAGGAGGAGGCGGGACUCCUGUGCGCUCGACGGCGCAGCGUACCGCAGGCUUUGUCAAGCUGGAAGGGCGGACAACGGUUGUUUCUCGCCGCACUUGCUGGUUUGCGGGCGGAGCUCCGAUGUGUCAAUACGCAGCUCGGCAAGGCCAAGGCUGAGAACGAGGAGUUCGUGCGGCACUGCACGGAACGGGUAGCUGUUCGCGUGGAGAGGCUGGAGCGGGCUGUGCAACAGGCUGACCGAAAGCAGGCUGAAGCACAAAGGCAAGCGUCAGAGGCGGAAGCUGCAGGAGCCACAGACCGGAAAUCUGCGGACACGCUCAAACGUGUCGUAAAGGGCAUAUCGUCCAUCCUCCUCGAUCGCCUGGGUGUUGCGAUGCCCACCUGCCUAGACGGAGGGGAAGACGUCGGGGAGAGAGGUGAAGGUAAAGGUGUGGCGCUGCGGUUGUACGACAUACGUCUAUUCAUCAUGUAUCCCUCCUGUUUAAUGUUGCGGAGGGCCACGGAGGACCCUGCUAACCACCCCUUCUUUUACUCGACUAGCAGAGAUGUUGGAGAGAGGCUUGGAGGAGCUUACCGCUGCAGUCACAGACGCCUUGAGCAAGGUGAAGGAACGUGCCAAGCAGGCUCUUCCCGCUCAGCCUCAUGGGGACUCCUUGGCGCCGGGGGAUGGCAGAAAUCGUAGGUCGACGCUGGAUGGUAUGGUCUGGGGGGAAAGAAGUAAAGACGACUUCAACAUGCUUGCCCAGCUGCAAAAGUGCGUUUGAGAUAGUUCGACCUCGUUUGUAGCGACGGGAAUGAUCUCAUUCGUGACGUCAGAUUGGAACCCCGUUUCGGCGCAUGUCGGAGAACAACGCGCUGCGAAGAAUCACCCUACAGUAUUUCCAUCCACGUGUGCUCUGUCAGUGCAACGGCAUGUCGGGCCACACAGGGCAAGUUUUUGUGCUCUCGGCGACAAAUUUCGCCCGCCACUUUCCCCGAACCCGUGUCCAGAUCGAAGCGGAAAGCGAGCUCCAAUCGCUCCAGGCACGACUUGAUGAUAUGACGGAAAAGUACUCGAGGGCUAUUGCGGAUCAGGAGACCGUGGAUAGUGCGCCGCUACGAGAGGAACGGGAACGCGCAAAGCAGGAGCUGGCACGGGCAGCACGUGCACACAGCGGCGUGGUGUCGGCUUUGGAGGUGACGCUGGCAGCAGAAAAGAGCCACUGCCAGGACCUAAGGUUGAAACUGGAACGGCAGACACGCGAGCACCAAGUCGCCCUGGCGGAUGUCGACCAGAGGCUUCUGCAAACUCAGCAGGAGCUUGACGAGGCCCAACAGGCCCUGGAGCAGGCACAAUUCGCGCUAGAGAGAGAAAGCGCGCGGCGAGCUCGACUGGACAAAAAGUACAGCGAACUGGAGGACCGGGGCCUCGUUUCUCCGCGGUCGGUUUCCCCGCGGUCGGUUUCCCCGCGACCAGUCACCCCGCGACCGGUUACCCCGCGAGUGUGGCGCCCGGAGGCUACCACUCGAAAAUUUUCCGGGGAAUCGGAAAGAAGCCAAUUGGCUCAGUCAACGCUGCCCAGGCCUUCCUCUGUAAGAUUAGUGUUGGAGGAGGCUAGGGCAAAACUCGGCCAGGAAGCCAGCAAUGACGCGAUAGGUGCGACCGGGGUCAGGGCCAGGCAGGAGGCUAAGGUUCCAGCGGGUCGGCAGCAAAGCGUGCUAGAUACGCGUGGGUUGACGCCGGAGUUGGAGUCCUCACCCGGGGACCGAGAUGGUGCAGACAAGAGUGCUUCGCCAAGCAUCAGUCCUUUGUAGGGUAGAAACGUGGCGGGAGAAUGUUGAAUGUAGCUAAGUCGGGUAUGUGGUGUAGUCCUUGUGGGGGUUGUAACUACAAAUGCACGGCAUGAGUCACGGUGUACGGUUUGGGGUCUCACGCCGUACAAGUAGAUAUCCCUUCACAUGUACAAGUAAUGCGUGUGUUCCUUGUGUUCGUGUAUAGCGUGCGAUCAUCAAAACUACGCUAUUGCUCAAUUGUUGUAUCUGAGCUAUAUCUCCUUGGGUUCUUAUGUGGAU